AUGGUCCGUGGGUCGAACCCGACCUUUGCCUCUCGACUUCCUCUUUAUAGAUUUGGGCAACCUGGCAGUAUCCCAGCCCUCGUGCUUCUUUCGGGUGGCAAGGCAGCUAGGCGCCGGAAGGGUAUUACAGCUGAACGGUUUUUUAAGCAAAGCCUUGGAAACUGUCACAUACUUCUGCUAAAGAAUUCUCCAAAGUUCACAGUGAAAUCAGAUACACCGACUUCACUCCUCUCCGGAAUUGGAACGCAAAGUUCGAACCUCUUAUGUCACUUGUGUUCAAAUGUUUUUGACGGUGAAGAGGAUAAAAUAUCGAACGACACAAUAUGCACCCGGAACCCAGCUGAAUCUCUUGCUUAUGAUGUUUCUAAGCAACUGAAUGUGCUGCCCCAGGCCGCCUCACGUUUCAGUCGACAAGGUAUCCGAGAUAUCGCGGUACAUGUAUACGCGCCAUUCUUUAUUUGUAAGAUUGCUGAAAACUGUUUGACUGUCCACGACCGGUUUCACCCCUCUACAGCCUCAUCAGGUAGGCGCAAUCCCCGAGUUUCCACCGUCAUUCUUAUGUUCUACUUGAACCCAAAUUCCACGAAAUUAUUUCAUUCAACCAAAAUGAUGCAAUUCAUUCCACCGCGUUUUCCGGAACACCGUGGGUUCGGUCUGGACACGAAAAUCAACAGCCAGCCCUCUGUUGAUUUGUAUUUGACGGAGAAACAACUCCUUAAAAUGAGCUUGGCGGAAAAACGUGCCUUGAGUCGGAUAAACUCGUGA